AAGCUUAGUGUAAAAAGGGCUGAGUGUAUUUGAUGUAAGAAGGGGGAGUGGUUAUAUAGUUCUUAGUCAAGACAUGUGAUAGUCACUCAGGGGUAGCUGGAAAAGAAGUCUGUGACACUCAUUAACCUAUUGGUGCAGAUCUUGUAUGAUUUAAAGGAGAAAAUGUUCUUGCCUGUUUUGUAUUGCCUUCUGUGGAGUUUCCAGAUUUCCGAUGGCCAUUUUCCUCGAGCCUGUGCCUCUUCUAAGAACUUGUUGGCAAAAGAAUGCUGCCCACCAUGGAUGGGUGAUGGGAGUCCUUGUGGCCAGCUUUCAGGCAGAGGUUCCUGCCAGGACAUCCUUCUGUCCAAUGCACCAUCUGGACCUCAGUUCCCCUUCAAAGGGGUGGAUGACCGUGAGUCCUGGCCCUCUGUGUUUUAUAAUAGGACCUGCCAGUGCUCUGGCAACUUCAUGGGUUUCAACUGCGGAAACUGUAAGUUUGGAUAUGGGGGCCCAAAUUGUACAGAGAAGCGACUCUUAAUUAGAAGAAACAUUUUUGAUUUGAGUGUCUCAGAAAAGAAUAAGUUCUUUUCUUACCUCACUUUAGCAAAGCAUACUAUCAGCUCAGUCUAUGUCAUCCCCACAGGCACCUAUGGCCAAAUGAACAAUGGGUCAACACCCAUGUUUAAUGACAUCAACAUCUAUGACCUCUUUGUGUGGAUGCAUUACUAUGUGUCAAGAGACACACUGCUUGGGGGCUCUGAAAUCUGGCGGGACAUUGAUUUUGCCCACGAAGCACCAGGGUUUCUGCCUUGGCACAGACUUUUCUUGUUAUUGUGGGAACAAGAAAUACAAGAACUAACUGGGGAUGAAAAUUUCACUGUUCCAUACUGGGACUGGAGAGAUGCAGAAAACUGUGAAAUUUGCACAGAUGAGUACCUGGGAGGUCGUCACCCUGAAAAUCCUAACUUACUCAGCCCAGCAUCCUUCUUCUCAUCCUGGCAGAUCAUUUGUAGCAGAUCAGAAGAGUAUAAUAGCCAUCAGGUUUUAUGCGAUGGAACACCUGAGGGACCACUAUUACGUAAUCCUGGAAACCAUGACAAAGCCAAAACCCCCAGACUCCCAUCUUCAGCAGAUGUUGAAUUUUGUCUGAGUUUGACCCAGUAUGAAUCUGGAUCAAUGGAUAGAACUGCGAAUUUCAGCUUUAGAAACACACUGGAAGGAUUUGCCAGUCCACUCACAGGGAUAGCAGAUUCUUCUCAAAGUAGCAUGCACAAUGCCUUACAUAUCUUUAUGAAUGGAACAAUGUCUCAAGUACAGGGAUCGGCCAAUGAUCCCAUUUUUCUUCUUCAUCAUGCUUUUGUGGACAGUAUUUUUGAACAAUGGCUGCGAAGGCACCACCCUCUUUUGGAAGUUUACCCAGAAGCCAAUGCACCUAUCGGCCAUAACAGAGAAUCGUACAUGGUUCCUUUUAUACCGCUCUAUAGAAAUGGUGAUUUCUUCGUUACAUCCAAGGAUCUGGGAUAUGACUACAGCUACCUCCAAGAGCCAGAUCCAGGCUUUUACAGAAACUAUAUUGAGCCUUACUUGGAACAAGCCAGUCAUAUCUGGCCAUGGCUUCUUGGGGCAGCACUGGUGGGAGCUGUUAUUGCUUCAGCUCUGUCUGGGCUUAGCAGUAGGCUAUGCCAUCAGAAGAGGAAGAAGCAACCCCAGGAGGAAAGGCAGCCACUCCUCAUGGACAAAGAUGACUACCACAGCUUGCUGUAUCAGAGCCAUCUGUGAACAUCCUAGGAAACAGAGUGGGACUGAAAGUUUUGCCCUCACUCGACCUAUUUGUUGGUGUUUCUACAAAUUUAAACUAGUAUAAAACAUAGACCAUAGCUGUUUUUUUUUUUUUUUUUUCCUCAGACCCACGGUUUUUCCCAAGUCCUAGUUUCUAAAGAAAGACUGGUAUUUGCUAAAAAAUAACUUACUUGUAUCUAAAUAAAAUUUCUCUUAUAACUAA